UUUUUUUUUUUUUUUUUUUUUUUUUUUUUUUUUUUUUUUUUUUUUUGUUGUUUUCUCUCUAUUUUCAGGCAAAACCCCACGUUCCCACGGGUCGGAAAAACGCCCCACGUGCAGCACCCGGUCUCAGCUAGAGCUGGAGAUGGACGCGGAUAAGGGGAAGCAACGCCAGUACUCGCAGAGGAUGGCGGAGCCUCGCUUCAACAACCCCUACUUCUGGCCGCCCCCCCCCACCAUGCCCAGCCAGCUGGACAACCUGGUCCUGAUCAACAAAAUCAAGGAGCAGUUGAUGGCGGAGAAGAUCCGCCCCCCACACCUGCCCCCCACCUCGGUGGCCUCCCAGCAGCCCCUCCUGGUGCCCCCCUCGCCCGCCGAGAGCAGCCAGUCCAUCAUGUCCCUGCCCAAGCUGCAGCAGGUGCCGGGGCUGCACCCCCAGGCCGUGCCCCAGCCCGACGUGGCCCUGCACGCCCGACCGGCUACCAGCACUGUCACAGGGUUGGGGCUGGCAUCUCGCGCGCCCGCCGUCAGCACCUCGGAGUCCAGCCCGGGAACCGGGACCACCACGCCCUCGACCCCCACCUCCACCAGCCAGAGCCGCCUCAUCGCCUCCUCGCCCACCCUAAUCUCAGGAAUCACCAGCCCCCCCCUCCUCGACUCCAUCAAGACAAUCCAGGGCCACGGCUUGCUGGGAGCGCCCAAGGCCGAGCGGGGCCGCAAGAAGAUCAAGGCGGAAAACCCGUCGGGCCCGCCCGUCCUGGUGGUGCCCUACCCCAUCCUGGCCUCGGGGGAGACGGCCAAAGAGGGCAAGACGUACAGGUGUAAGGUCUGCCCCUUGACGUUCUUCACCAAGUCGGAGAUGCAGAUCCACUCCAAGUCGCACACGGAGGCCAAGCCCCACAAGUGCCCCCACUGCUCCAAGUCCUUCGCCAACGCCUCCUACCUGGCCCAGCACCUGCGGAUCCACCUGGGCGUCAAACCCUACCACUGCUCCUACUGCGAGAAGUCCUUCCGCCAGCUGUCCCACCUCCAGCAGCACACCCGAAUCCACACCGGCGACAGACCCUACAAGUGCCCCCACCCCGGCUGCGAGAAGGCCUUCACCCAGCUCUCCAACCUCCAGUCCCACCAGCGCCAGCACAACAAGGACAAGCCCUACAAGUGCCCCAACUGCUACCGGGCCUACACGGACUCGGCCUCGCUGCAGAUCCACCUGUCGGCCCACGCCAUCAAACACGCCAAGGCCUAUUGCUGCAGCAUGUGCGGCCGUGCCUACACCUCGGAGACCUAUCUGAUGAAGCACAUGUCCAAGCACACGGUGGUGGAGCACCUGGUCAGCCAGCACUCGCCGCAGCGCACGGAGUCCCCCGGCAUUCCCGUACGGAUCUCCCUCAUCUAAGCGGGGAGGGGGGGUGGCAGCAGGACCCCCCCAGCACGAGGAGGAGGAGGAGGAGGAGGAGGAGGAGGACGAGCCCCCCUGGCGCCGCGGGCCGUGCCCCCGCAGGUUUGGUGACACCCAAAGACGGUUUCAGAGCACUUUGAAUCUCUGCGGUUUGGUUUUAUUUUUGGGGGGAGGCGGAGGGGGGAGGAGCGGUCGGGGUGGGGGCGUCCCCCCUGCCCCCUGCCAGACCCCCCCAUCCCCCCC